GCUGUUUACCAAGCCUCAUGGAUGUGGGACCAGGGUUCGUUUGUGCUGCGCUGAGAACCGUCUUUGGUACGGUUAUCGCACAACUUCGCAGGCUCGGCAUUGAUCUACCGCGCAUCGGAAGAGGAUUUCUCUUGACUGUUAUUGGUGCUUUCAUCUUUUGGUUGGGAGUCACUCUGCUAUUCAACUGGCCUCUCCUUGCGAUUGGAAAUGUCCUCGUCGUGGUGGGUCCUAUCUAUACAUUGGGCACAGAGCGGACUCUCUGUUUCCUAUCCAAUGAAGACAACCGGAUGGCAUCCGUAUGCUUCAUAGGAGGCUUCUGCUUGCUGGUCUUUGGCCAAUGGCGUACAGUUGGAAUACCGCUGGAAAUUUACGGGAUCUUCCUGCUUAUCCAACAGUAUCUCCCCGGAGACCCCAUCAAGUAUCUCGUAGGUGUACUUGCUAAAUUUCUCGGCAUGGAGUUGGAGGAACACGAGAAAUCUGCCACUUCAAAGUUCAUCUGGUCUUCAAUAUUCCUCCGCCUCGGCUUAAAAAAGCUCGGACAUAUCGGUUUAGUCUUCGGAUUUGCACAGCUUCUCUACAAGUCCAAAUUUCCAUUCAGAUAUAAAAUGAUGGCAACGAGCGUGUUCACUUUUGGCGAAGCCUUCCUGCUUGCAGGAUGGUUUGGAGUGGGGCUUCUUGUAGUGAGUUGUGCGCACAUAUUAUUAACCAGGAGCGUAGUUGAGCGAUUAAUCAACUUUCUCAAGAUGUGGCCCGUCUUAAGAUCUAUUUUUUCGCAUCCUUUCGUUGAGCAGUUCCUCAGGCACAUUGAGGAUAACACUCCGGGCAGUCAGCAGUCGAUUGGGAAUGAGGUUGAGUCUACAUCACAACAAGGAACAUAAAUCCGGUAUUUCA